UAAUUACAAUAUUGCCCCCCGUUUUACUGCAGUUUAUUAUUAGACAAGUCUAGCCGUUAGCCAACACUAGUGUUGGACAUCUGUAUGUAGGUGUGUUUGUGGUGGUUGUUGCAAUAGAUUUGUUUGUGCGUAGAAAAGCGGAAAAAGUGAAGAAAAACCAAACAAGUGACUGAUAUAAAUACUGUGAAAGAGUAAUUCCUGUAACAGCAGCAGCAUGUCAUCAAGGCUCAGCAUAAGCAUGGACAUAAUGGACAUUCAGGCGGUCGAAUCGAAGUUAAGUGACGUCACGGUGACACCAAUUCCACGGUCGCAAGUGCAAAACUUUUACAAUUACCAACAACAGCGUGAGCAACGUGAACAACAGCCCCAAAUCCAAAUCUCUGCUAUUCAUCAUUCGCGUGGCUCUAGCGGUGGCAGUGGUGGUGGUAACAACUCAUCCGUAACAGCUACAGAUUAUUCCACAACUGGCAACAGCGGCAGUGGCGGCGGUGGUAGCAAGCGUGAUCGGGAUCGUUCAUCCAAUUCCUCUGAUUACAGCUCGACAGCAUCCGGAAAGAGUUCGUCAGCGGCCACAGCAGCGGCCACUGCGGCUGCAGUGGCUGCCCUCCAAUAUUCACCACAAUUCCUGCAGGCACAAUUAGCCCUCUUGCAACAGCAAUCGAAUACCACAGCCACGCCGGCAGCAGCAGCUGCAGCAGCUCUAUCACUGGCAAAUAUAGCAGCUGCUACAAAUGGUUCACGGAACUCGGCAAGUAGCUCCAUUUCGUCGUCAGCAGCAGCAGCUGCUGUUGGCAACAACAAUGGCAAUUUGGGCUUGAAUCUUAGCCAAUCUCAAACGCAAUCGCUUAAGUAUCCGCCCCCAUCCACAUCACCAUCACCCAUGAUGGUGACCACUCAAACAUCGGCGAACAUAACCACGCCCCUAACAUCCACAGCGAAUCUGCCAACAGUGGGUAGCAAUCUGAGCACCGGCAAUGGCCUCACCAAAUAUGCCCAACUCCUGGCGGUCAUUGAGGAAAUGGGACGGGACAUAAGACCCACAUACACUGGAUCACGCAGCUCCACAGAGCGUCUGAAGCGGGGAAUUGUGCAUGCUCGCAUCUUGGUUCGUGAGUGCCUCAUGGAAACAGAGCGAGCGGCGCGUCAAUGAGAAGAGGAGGUGGGGGGCAGUGGUGGUGCUACUGCUGAUCCACAAAUAAUAACAAUACCCGACUAAAAAGCAUGGAGCCGUUUGCCUAGGGGAUUGAAAAUUAUAUAUUUACUUGUAGUCCCACUCUCCCAUUCCCCCAAUCCCAAACCCAAUCCUUAAUUCCUAUUGGACCAUAGUUAAAAGAAAUGUUUUAGACUAGCUCAGGUUAUACCAUAUAGUCCCUAUAUGGGAUUAUCUACAAAAAAUAAGAGAAAUCACAAAAAAAAACCAGAGGUAAAGCGACAAAAAUUAAGAUUUCAUUUAAGAUUAGGUUAAUUUGCACCUGCUGAACGCUAUCUUUUCAAUGUAUCUCCCUUUCUCGCUCGAUCUCGCUCUCUCUCUGUCUCUGUCUCCCGCAUAUGUAAAAUGUUUAUUUGCAAUUUGCUAAAUAAUCUUAAACUUUUAGACCAAUUAAAUACAGAAAUAAUAAUA